GAAGAACACCAACAUAGCCAAGAAUAUAAUUAUUUUCAUUGGAGAUGGAAUGGGCGUAUCCACGGUGACAGCUGCCAGAAUACUAGAUGGGCAGAAUAACGGUAGACCUGGAGAGGAAAAUGUUCUUACUUUUGAAGAGUUCGACAACGUAGCUUUAUCCAAGACAUACAACGUCGACUUUAUGACACCAGACUCUGCUGGUACGGCUACAGCUAUGCUAUGCGGUGUGAAAACAAAUGUUGCAACUCUAGGACUCGAUGGACGAGCAGUAUAUUCAGACUGUGCUGCAUCGGAAAAUGCUGGACAGCUAGACUCAUUGCUUCAUUGGGCCCAGGCUGCAGGUAAACGAACCGGAAUUGUAACUACAGCUAGAGUUACACAUGCCACACCAGCCGCCGCUUAUGCUAAAACACCAAACCGAGACUGGGAGGGCGACACUGAAAUGACGAAGGACGAUGCACCAUGUAAAGAUAUUGCUAGGCAGCUCAUCGAAGACAAUCCAGAUAUAAAUGUAAUUCUAGGUGGAGGAAGAAAAUUCUUUCUCCCUGACAGCAAAGCAGAUCCAGAAACAAACAGUGUUGAUCCAGCCCAGAGACAAGAUGGAAGGGAUCUCAUAGAGGAGUGGGAAAACGACAAGAAAAGUCGAGGAAAGAAGCACAAAUAUGUAUGGAACAGGGAUGACUUUAUGAAAGUAACGGAUAAAUCUGAGUUUCUGUUGGGCCUCUUUGAACCAAGUCAUAUGAAUUUUGAUUUGCUACGGACAGACUCAGGGCCCUCGGGUGAACCAUCCCUUGCAGAAAUGGUUGAAAAGGCUAUCGAUAUUUUGGAGGAAGCAGAUAAUGGAUUUGUCCUUGUUGUAGAAGGUGCACGUAUUGACCAUGGCCACCAUGGAAAUCUGCCAAAGCUGUCACUCUACGAUACUCUGGCCUUCGAUAAAGCGGUCAAAGUCGCGAGAAGAAAUACAGAGUUAAAGGAUACUCUGAUGAUUGUUACGGCCGACCACUCACACACAUUCACCAUCUCUGGAUAUCCAACCAGAGGUGCAAAUAUACUUGGAUUAGUGGAUCGUGGAAACGCAGCACUGGACGGAAAACCCAGGACGAUUUUACAGUACAGUAAUGGACCAGGUUACGCUGAGCCAAGAGCAGAUCUAACGGGAGUGGAUACAACUGCGACGGGUUUCAUGUUCUCUUCUGGAGUACCGCUACCAACUGAGACACACGCUGGCGAGGAUGUGGCUAUCUAUGCCAGCGGCCCAAUGUCGCACCUGAUAAAUGGCGUCAAAGAACAGAGUUAUAUUGCCCAUGUUAUGGCGUAUGCAAGUUGCCUUGGGCCGUAUUCAAGUGGCAAUAAACUUCGAAAAUGCAUGACAGGUCGCAAGAAAGUAUAACAAAAACUUUUUAAAACACAUAAAUGUAGUCACAAAAAAAAUGGAAUUUUCUUUUUAAAACAAAGUAUUAAAAUAUUGAGCUCAUCAUUAUGUGGACAAUAUAUAAUUUUAAACUAAACUGUACCUGAUUCAAGAGUA